AUGGCGCUGUCGAGCACGGAGAAGAAGACGGCGGCGGAGGUGGUCGCGGCGCUGGAGCUGCACCGCCACCCCCACGGCGGCUUCUACCUGGAGACCUUCCGCGACCCCUCCCUCACGCUCCCCAAGUCCGCGCUCCCGCCCCAAUAUAAGGUGGACCGUGCUGUGAGUAGUGCAAUCUAUUUCCUGCUGCCUGCUGGGGAGAUCGCUCGGCUGCACCGCAUCCCUUGCGCUGAGGCAUGGCACUACUACAUGGGGGAGCCCCUCACGGUAUUUGAGGUGCAUGAUGAUGGGCAAGUCAAGAUGACAGUAGUCGGUCCCGAUCUACGGAAAGGGCAGAGACCGCAGUACACGGUCCCUCCGUAUGUGUGGUUUGGCGCCUUCCUGACCCACGACAUUGAGUCCUUCACUGAUGACGGCAGUGUUUUUGUCAAGACACCUGGACGGGACCCUGACCUGCACUAUUCUUUCGUUGGAGUGACCUGUGCCCCGGCAUACCAAUUCGAGGACGAUGAAAUGGCCACACGCGAUGGCAUGAAAGCUUUGGCUCCUAACGCGGAAGCUUUCAUCAAUUACCUUGUUCCAGCUUAG